AUGGGAGCUACGCGUAGUGUUGCUGAAACACUUUUAGCAACGUUGCAAACUUCCAUGGUCAACGAAAUGUGCUCCAAGUGGGGCUUCGAAUCUGAGCUCGAAGACCUCAAAGUUACUGUCUCCGACACAAGUAAAGUGCUGCUUGAUUCGGAGGCCAGGCAAGAGCUUGAUGAAGAAACACGAAUGUCGAUUCGAAAGCUCAAGGAUGCUGUUUAUGAUGCUGAUGAUUUAUUUGACGAAUUGCUCACUGUGGCUAAUCAGCGUAAAGGGCGCUUGCGCAAUGAUAAACUCACUGAAAAGGUACGUGAUUUCUUUUCUGUUAACAACUCGCUGAGCAUUACGGCUCACGCAAUGUCUCAAUGGGUUAAGAAUAUCAUGUACCAAUUGGGUUCUUUAGCAAGUAGUCAUACAAAUUUUCGCUUUGAGGCGGACAACCAACUCACUAAGGAAGGGAGGGAUGAGAUUUGUUCUGAGUUUGAUGUGAGAAAUGUGGUUGUUGGGCGAGAGAAUGACAUGAAUGCUAUCAUAGAUCUUGUGUUGGAUUCUAAUUUGAAAGAUGAUGUUUCUUUCAUUACUAUAGUGGGAGACCGAGGAUUAGGAAAGACAACUCUUGCUCAACUUGUGUAUAAUGAUAGAAGGAUUAGAACUGAGUUUCCUUUGAGAUUGUGGGUUGAUGUCUUAAAUGGAGAUCGAGGGAAAUUCGAAGCGAAUGCAAUUCUAGGGAAGAUUUUAGAGUCUAGUGGAAGAUUUUAUACAGAUGUAGAUGAACUUCUCCAAUUAGAGACUCCACAUCAACUAGGAGGGAAAAAAUAUUUGCUUGUUCUAGACGAUGUUUGGGUUGAGGAUUACCAUAAGUGGGUUAUUUUAAGGAAUUUCCUAAUGUUGGGUGUUGGGGGGAGUAAGAUAAUUAUUUCCACAUAUUCAGAAGAAACAACAAGGGUUGUAGGGAGCGAACAUACAUAUGAGUUAAAAGGUUUGUCUGAAGAGAACUCAUGGCGUUUGUUUAAGUUGGUCGCUUUUGCGAAAGGGAUUGAACAUGAGGGUGAACCUGAAUUAGUAGCCUUAGGAAAAAAAAUUGUUGAAGAGUGUUGUGGAGUUCCUCUGGUAAUAAAAGAAGUUGGUAGUCUUCUAUUCGGUCAAGAUAUAAGCAAGUGGCGUUUGUUUGCAAAGAAAGAAUUGGCCACAUUUGAUGAUAAAGAAGAUGACAUGAUUAUGGAAACACUUAAACUUAGUUACCAUAAUCUAGAAUCUCCAUUAAAGAGUUGUUUAAGCUAUUGUGCAUUGUUUCCUGAUGGUUUUAGUAUAGAUAAGAAAAAAUUGGUGGGACUUUGGAUGGCACAAGGGUAUAUUGUGCCACUUGAUGGGCAAAGUAUGGAGGAAGCUGGUGAAGAUUAUCUUUCAACUCUGCUACAAAGAUGUAUGUUGCAAUGUAUAGAAAGAAAUGAAUAUGGUGAGGUUGUGUCCUGCAAAAUUCAUAGCCGGAUUCAUGAUGCUGCUUUCGAAUUCGUAACACAAGAGACGAUCUGUGUGGUGGGUUCUAUUGCGAACAAUAGUUUGGGAGAUAACAUUCGCCAUGUACAUCAAGUUGGUUGUGAGUGUAGUGAAAGCUGUUUUCCGAAUAAGAUUAAGAUUCGGUCUUAUCUUCAUCAAAUUGUUGAUGUCUCAUUUCCACCACUUGAUAAAUUUCUAUCAAGUUUGAUGUGCCUAAGGGCACUAGACUUGCAUGACUUAAAUAUCAAAAUUUUGCCGGAAUCAAUUGGAAAAUUAAUCCAUUUACGGUACUUAGAUCUUUCUCAUAAUAAUCUUAAGAGACUGCCAAAUUCAAUUACAAAAUUAUAUAACUUGCAAACUCUCAAUUUAGAUGGUUGCACUAACUUUCAAGAGUUACCGCGAGAUUUAGGCAAGUUGGUGAAUCUUAUGAGCUUGAACAUACAUGACUGCCAUGGGAUGUAUAUUGCAUCAGGCAUGGACAAAUUGACUUGUCUUCAUGAAUUAACUGCAUUUGAGGUGGCUGGAGAGUGCUUUUUUGAGGAAGAUAGUUCAAGUGAGGAUGAUAGCUCAAGUUCGCGUAAGCAAUUAUUUGGCAUGCUAAAAGAUCUCAAGCCCCUCACAAACUUACGAGGCUCAAUUAGUAUUUCAAUCCCCGAAAAUUAUAAAAAUGUUGAUGACGAUCAUAGUCUAGAUGGAAGUAGAGAAGGUUACUUAGGGGGUAUGGAACACCUCAACGACGUAUCAAUGAGCUUUCGAGAUGAUUAUUGUCAUGAAGUUUCUGUCACCCAUGAAGCUUUGCUGGAAAAUCUGCAGCCUCAUCCCAAUCUCAAGGGGAUAGAAACUCUGGCGUUAUCAUGGUUCGACACUUACAAGGUGGCUUACCGGACUCCCUAA